AUGGAAAAUCUCGCGGAGGAUAAGUUAGGAUAUGACGAGAGAUUUAGAAUCUGGAACAACACGGCGGUCGAAGCUUGUGAGACCAAAGAAUUCCGUCGCGAUUUGCAUGAGUUUCUUGCCAAGAAGAUCGAUUUUCUUGACAAGUAUGGCAGAUACAACCAAAUCCGGGACAGGGAACAAUUGAUAUGGAACCAGGAAAUGAAACAGCGACAGGCCCCGGAAAAGUCAGUAGGAAGCUUGGCCAUAAUGAUCGAUAACAUCAAGACGGCAUUGGACCAUAACAUCGCACUCCUAGACCAGGUACAGCUCGAGUACCAAGUUCCUGAUCUUGAAACCUUGGCAGGAAUACCUAUUAGGCAAACCAUGGCGAGAACAAAGUUGGCGGAGGCUGAGGAUCGGCUGGUUGCUGCGCAAGAAUGGGUUGAGAGCAUGAUAUGGAGAGUUGACAAAUUCUACCCUCAGUGGUACCGGAAGUGGAAGAAGUCUGCACCGGGCGGUUUGUCAUGA